CCAAGGGCUGCUGGGGUGCCCAGUGCCAGCACCAGACGGGCACCCUGGGGGAGCGGCAGUGCUGCCGGUGGGGUGCUGGUGGUGCCAUGGAUGGUCGGGGUGGGCAGGGUGCGGGUCCCCUCCUCAUCGUCACCCCACCCACCCUGCCCAGUGACGGCAGCUGGUAAAGCUGGACUUUGAGCCACUUAUCGGGUGGCAAAGGUGCCAGGAGGUGAGUGGAGUUGCUGGAAGAGGAGGUGCUGCUCGGAGGAGUGGGGUGGGUCUACACCUGGCUGCUCCCCCCCAUGGUACUCCCCUGCUAGGGGCACUUGGCACUGGGUGCAGCCCCCCCAAACCCUCAGGCAGACCCUGCAGGUGCUGCCCCACUGGCUGCUGGCCCCUGCACAGCGUGGGAAUAGGGGUGCCGGGGUGGACCCCUCAGUGCUCUGGGGGUGUGUGAAAGGCCCUUUGUGCCUCCCGCUGUGGUGCCAGGACAGUAGCAUGCAGCAGCUCCCUGCCCCCCCCACCCCAGCCCUGCCGCAGGGCUUGGCAUUGCCACAAGUGCCAGCACCCUUCGCCUGGCCCCACGUUAAUAAUCCACCCGCACACACCACUACUGCCACCAGCCCCCAGCAGCUGCCCCGGUGAGCUGCGCCUGACAGCGGUGGCAGUGGCAGCAGAGCUGGGGGUCCUUGGCACCGGCGGCUCAGGGGGCUGGCAGCUCCCUGCUCUUUGCCCCACCCCUCCAUCCCAGCACCCAGAUAAGAGUGGCUGCCGGCAGCACCCGUUUCGUGACGCACAGUGUGGGUGGGAGAGCUGGCCGGGACCAUGGCUGUGGUGACAGUGAACCUCCGCACUGUGACCUCCCGGGUGGGCAUUGCCCGACUCUUUGCUGUUGUGCUGUCCUGCAUUGCCUUCAGCUUGGUGGCUUCCACAAGGCAUUUCCAGAGUCACUAUGGGACGUGGUGCAUGUUCACCUGGUGCUUCUGCUUUGCUGUGACACUGCUGGUGCUGGUGCUGGAGCUGCUGGGACUCUACCCCAGGCUACCACUCUCCUGGGACGACUUCACCUCGGCUUUCUCCGUGCUGGCGGCAUUGAUGGUCUUCACCACCUCGGUGGUCUUCCCCUCCACCUUCAUCAGCAGCCCCUGCAACAACAGCACGUGUGCCCUGCAGGCUGUGGCCACCGUUGCCUCCUGCCUCUGCUUCCUUGCCUACGCCCUCGAGGUGGGACUCACCCGCACCAAGCCAGGGGACAUCAGCAGUUUCCUCUCCACCGUGCCUGGGCUCCUCAAGGUAUUUGAAGCCUAUGUGGCCUGCCUCAUCUUCUCCUUGCUGGAUAUGUCCAUGCUGGCUACCCAUGAUACAAAAGCUGGCCUGCAGUGGUGCGUGGCCGUCUACUCCAUCUGUUUCAUCAUCACCCUCAUCAUCAUCAUCUUCACCAUUGGCCGGUGCCUCGCCUACAUGCCCUGCCCGCUGGAGAAGAUGCUGGUGGGCUACAAUGCCCUGGCCCUGGUGAUGUACAUCACCGCCACCGUCCUCUGGCCCCUCUACAGCUUCAGGCAGACAUCUCGCCCCAACCUCUGCGGCACAGACUGCUGGUGGGACAAGCACCUGGGGGUCACCUUCCUCACCAUCUUCAACCUCAUCGCCUACUUGGUGGACCUGGUCUACUCCACCAGGAUGGUCUUCAUCAGGGCACCUCCCUAAGGGCUCUGGGUGACCCUAGUGGGGUAAGGGGUGGUGGGACGCAGCUGGAUGCUGGUGUCGGUGUGGGGCUGCCAGUGGAGCUGAGGAAGAGGCCAGAUGCCUCGGAAAGCUCCUUCUCCCCAUGCCGGAGCACAGAGCUGCAGGGCGCUCCAGGAGGUGUGCUCAGGCCUGUGCCCCACAGGCUGCUUGGCAUGGGGGCUGGGCUGGGGGGGAACAGGGUGCUCCCGAAACCCUGGAGAUGGGGAGGGAGGGGCG